GGGGGUCGUGAUUUAUUUCCCUCCCCCCCCCCCCCCCCUUCGUUCUGCGCAAUCAUUAUUUUGGGAAGAAGUGGUUCCAAUACUACCUGCUGUUUAGCAAGCAGUAUAUUCCAAAAUGCCUCUCAACUCAAAGGCUAUUUACUCGAGAUUGAAUCCCGACUUUGUUCCAUUCACGAGUCGGAGAAGUACCGUGCAUAGCACCAAUGGCAUCGUGACCUGUACCCAGCCUUUGGCGGCGGCGGCGGGCCAAAGAAUUCUGACAGAGGGAGGAAAUGCUGCCGAUGCUGCUGUAGCUGUGGCUGCCGCACUGAACAUCACCGAGCCGUCGUCGACGGGUAUCGGAGGAGAUAUGUUCUGUCUUUUCUACGAUGCCAAAACAAAGAAGGUCCAUUCCCUCAAUGGAUCCGGAAGAUACCCUGCAAAUGCUUCUCUAGAACAAGUUCGAAGUGAUUUGAACGUCGGCCCGAACGACACAGGAACCAUUCCUAUGAAGAGUGUCCUUGCGGUAACAACGCCCGGCGCAGCUGCGGGGUGGGUUGACACGGUGGAAAAUUUUGGUAGUGGCAGGCUCUCCUUGGAGCAGAUCCUACUUCCAGCCAUUGAACUUGGCGAGAAAGGGUUUCCUGUAUCCGAAUUAUCGUCCUUUUUUUGGCGAGAGGGUGAAGAUCUCGUUCGACAAGCAUCCCCAAAUGCACGUGAGAUGCUCAAACCUGACCAGAAAGCUAGAGAUGGAUUCAGAGCUCCUCUCCCCGGUGAGAUCUUGAAGAACCCUACACUGGCUCAAACCUUCCGAUCACUUGCGGCAAAUGGCAAGAAGGGAUUCUAUGAAGGGCGAGUUGCAGAGGAGAUAGUGAAGGUUGUCCAAGAUUUGGGAGGCUACCUGACUCUGGAUGACCUCAAGUACCACGCAGAGACCGGAACUCAGGAAACGGAGGCGAUCUCCCUCAAGUUCAGCGGACAGAGCAUUGCCGAGAAGCAGGCUGAGGGUACGGAUAGUGAAGUCAACCAAGGGGUGGAGAUCUGGGAGCAUCCGCCGAAUGGACAAGGGAUCGUCGCUCUCAUGGCGUUGGGAAUCCUCGAAGAACUUGAAAAAUUGGGCAAGAUUCCUAAAUUCACGGAGGCCCAGCACAACUCCGCCGUAUACCUCCAUGCAAUCAUCGAAAGCCUACGCAUAGCGUUCGCUGAUGCGUCUUGGUGGGUUACAGAUCCCGACGUGGAGAAGGUACCAUCCAGCGAACUGAUCUCCCAACCUUACCUGGCUGAGAGGGCAAAACUGUUCAAUGCGGAGAGGGCGACUGAUAUCAUUGAUCACGGGAGCCCAGCUCACAAUCACUGCGACACUGUCUAUUUUGCGGUCACAGACAAGGAGGGUAAUGGUAUCUCUUUUAUCAAUAGCAACUACGCCGGGUUUGGUACCGGUAUCAUUCCCGAGGGCUGUGGGUUUACAUUGCAAAACCGCGGUGCCAAUUUCUCUCUAAGUCCGGGUCAUCCAAAUGUCUUGGCCCCUCGGAAACGGCCUUACCAUACCAUUAUUCCUGCUAUGAUCACCAACAUCUCUGAUGGUUCUCUACAUUCAGUGUAUGGGGUCAUGGGUGGCUUUAUGCAGCCCCAAGGCCAUGUCCAGGUUCUGCUCAAUAUGCUUGCAUUCAACUAUCACCCACAGGCCGCAUUGGAUGCCCCUAGGAUCUGCAUAUCUGCUGGCUCACCAGAGCUAGGAAAGCCCGUAGAUCGUACUGUCUAUGUAGAGGAAGGCAUCAGCGAUGAAGCCAUCGAAGGCCUAAAGCGUCUUGGUCACGAAGUGAAAGUCUUGAGUGGCUGGGAGAGAGGCAUGUUUGGCAGGGGACAGAUUAUCCGCUGUCAUUAUGAUGAUGGGCAGCUGGUUUAUAGUGCAGGAAGUGACCAAAGAGGAGAUGGUAUGGCCAUUCCUGUGCUGUGAUGUAUUAUUCUUAUGAGAAGUCUAUACUGGAACUCUAGUCGCUAGAGCCCUGCAUUAUGAUACAUCGUGUAUAUAUAUAUUUGUCAAGGGCAUGUUUUCAAUAUAAGAUUUGUUAUUGUGUACUAUCUAGCACACAAAGCUCUACCA